GGAGAAAUCAUUUAGAAUCUGGCAUGUACUAGCUGAAAUCAUCCAAUGAGGACACAUUUUUCAGUUCUGUCUUAAAACGUUUUGCUACGGUGUGCUCUAAAGAACACAACCCAGCCUACUGUAUCUUCCCUCUAAUACGUCAAGUUUUAUAGGGGCCUCUGGAAACGGGACUAUGGAGGCUAGUAGGCGGUUGGCAGCUCGCCUGCAUACCAUCACGGUGCUCGGGAAACACUUCUGGACGCACAACUUCUCCGUCUCCCUACUCUUGGAUGAGCUGGGCAAUGUGCCACAAGUCACAGGGUUGAUUUUCUGCAAAGUUCGCUUGCUUGAUGGCUCCUUUACUGAGGAAUCUCCAAGACUGGAAGUCCUGCACAACUCAGUGCAAUGGGGAAAGAUGUUUGAAUUUGAGUGCCAAACUGCAGUCAACAGCUUGUCUGGAGUCCUGGAUGACUGCAUGUGUAGACUGUCAGUUCGCAAGGACACAAAGGGAGGAAGGUCAUACCAAAAGGUGGGUUAUGUUGAUCUCAACCUGUCUGAGUAUGCAGGCUCUGGGUAUGUGACCCGGCACUGCCUCCUAGAGGGAUAUAUGAACAAGGACAACAAGCUAGACAACUCCCUUCUCAAGGUCAGACAAUUAUUUAGGUCCAAACGGGACCCUACUCCCUUUAUAGUGCACUCCUUUAGUGCAAUACAUGGGGAGAAUAGGAGAAGUAGAUAAGUCCUCAGACAACACUGGUUAAGUCAUCGUGAAAGAACAAAAGGUGGGUGCUCUUAGAGAAAUGGAAGUUUGCAGUUGGUGUGUACAUUUUGUGAAAACAAAGUCUUGUAACAAAACCGAUCCUAUAUAACUUGCUGGAUUCAUUGGUUACCUGUCCAGGUGGGCCUACAUAUGCAGCUGCUCCAGGGAGACCCAUGUUUCAGAGUGUGAGGACCUUAUUAAUAGCCUUGAUCAACUAUUAUUCACUGAUAUGGUAUUAUGGAUAAAAUUUCACAUCAACUACUACUAUCCAACCAUCUCUUCAUUUAUAUUCAUUUCCCAAAUUUGAUUACAUUAUGCCGAUAAGUCUUUGUCACUCCUGUUUUGUGCUUUCCUCAGUCCUACCCAGCAUUCACUGCCAAAUGGAACUUUAUCAUCUGAGAAUGUUGAGCAGCCCAGAGAAAGCACCUCCAGUCACUCUGAGCCUGGUAUGCGUGACCAGCCAGGGUUUGGACCUGUGCUACAAGACUCAACCUGCUGAGCUAAAGCCUAGGCAUUCGCUCAGGAAAGCUAACACAACUCUUUAGGGCUUAGACUUGUGUGGUUAACCUAACAACCUCCGUUUAAUAUGGUUGUAGGCAAACACACCAACUCACAGAGAUGCACCAAUUCACUAUCCUCAUCAAACUGCAACCACCAAAGAUCAUUUGGCAUUUAAAGUGAACCCCACAAUGUUUUCAGGUUCAUCAGAGGACAUCCUGAGAACCCUGAGAAGGCAGCUGGUGAUGAAGGGGGGGCUGCUGCUUGAUGCCAUGCCCAGUCAGAACCCAGAGGCACAGGAGAGGGCCAGAGUUGUCAGUCAGUUGACUCGGGUCGGGAACACACGGGUGGAUGCCCAGGAUGUGGUUGAACAUCUCUGUCUAGAGAACUUGGGCUCAGUAUUUGAGCUCCCUCCUCCCAUAGAAGGUGCUUUGAACUUGAUGCUGGUUUCAAGAACACAGAUGAAUCCUAGCCUAUGUAGGAUUAAAAGCAUGACAUACUACUCAAUAGAGAGUGCUAAUGCUUAGUAUCUAUAUCUAUUACAGAAGCUGGACUUGCACUCUUUGUUGGUCAGGAUGGCACCACAACCCUUGGUGUCACUCAUAUACAGAACAGGUAGCCUAUUGGAGAUGGAUCUCAACCGAUCCUUGAAUUGUUAUAUGUUGAUUCUAAUGUAAUGAGAUUCUGAUUCUUAAUUGGAUUUCCAGUGAUGCCCAACUCUGUCUCAACAGGGACUCCCAUGCUGGAAGUGUAGAGA